GUCACAUUCUCUGCAGGAGCGUGCUAGUCGCUGAUCGAAGACAUGGGCUCUGCACUUACCUCCACAAUCAUCAGAUUCUUGGUCCUAUUAUCAAUAACUAAAGUGACAGCAACAACUCAAACAUUGAAGUGUGAGAAUGGCGGGGUCUCGAAUGGAGCUACAUGUAUUUGUCCUGACUUUACUGGCGGAUCUAACUGUCAAAACAUCAUAGACAUAAUUGAACUAGGAAGGUAUUUUAACGUCACAAUGAAAGUGGAGCUGACAUUGAAUUACACUAACACCAGUAAUCUAACUGAUCCAUCUUCUGAAGAGUAUAAAGAAUUUAGAAAAAUGUAUGAUGAAAUGCUGGAUUCAUUAUUCUAUGGACAUAAUGGGACUAUCACAGUUUCGGUACUUAGCACUGAUGUGAAGGUGAGAAAUGAUGUCACCUUGACCCUACAAUAUAGCGAUACUCGUAACGUGCUGGAGCAGUAUGAAGAAAUCUACAAAGAUGUCAAGGCAGCGAUAGAGAACAACAAGUGCACAUCACGUGCUCUGUGUAUUAAGAGUUCCUCUACCGAAGCUAUCCUUCCCCUCAGCGAACAUGGCAAGUAA